GGGCUGGGCGGCCGCAGCGGAGGCGUGGGAGGUGAAGGGGCCGGUGGCGAUGGCCGACGGCCACGGCUGGUGGAAAUUGACCUUCCUGCGGAAGCGCCGCUCGGUGCCCCCGGUGCUGUACGAGAGCCCCGACGGCCCCGCGGCCGCCGGCGGGGAGAGCCAGGAGGGGGCGGGUGAGGAGGGGCCGCCAGGCUUCACGGCCCGCCUGGAGAAGAUCGUGGACAAGAGCACCAAGGGCAAACACGUCAAGGUCUCCAACUCGGGGCGCUUCAAGGAGAAGAAGAAAGUGAGGGCGACCCUGGCUGACAACCCCAACCUCUGUGCCGCCGGGGAGAGGGAGGAGAAAUGACACCCCC